GUCUGCCACCACUGGCGCCUUACUAGUCGAGCAAGGUCGCAAUGGUCUUUAUUUUGUCGCAAGGAUCUUGAUCAAGGCUGCGGCUGCUCUAAUUUUUGUCUUCGACAACAUAUUCCACGGUUAAGGUGGUGAUUAUCCGCGAUAAUGUCGACUACCCCCAACCCCCGGCGCAGGUCACCGCGACUGUCCGAAGUCUCGGAAUCCUUCUCCCCGAUUGGGGAUACCACACUCACAAGGCUUUCGCGUAUCCCACGACACAGCAUAUUUCCCCUUACCCCGAGCCGGCACGCAACGACGUCUACGACCCCUUCUGCCAACAGAUUCACUCCGCGUACCAGAGGCACCGGUGCGCCUGCCACCCCAUUUAGAUUAAAUGCGAUCCAGCGACGCAAUGCGAAUACUCCCGGCCGUGAUCGCAGGAAGAGCGGACGAAUCCAGCGCGAGACAACAUUCGAUAUCCUUCGGAAUCUAGGAAAGGCUCUCGCCCCGACGACUCAAACGAUCCGUUCCUCGCCAAGUGAGAAAGCAGAGUCGGUGGCCCCAGAGCCUGUUGAGCCUGCGAUGGACGAGUUCGAAAUUCUCGACAAUGAACCCGAGAUGGAGCGACCACGGCUAUCCCUGCCUUUAGAAGAGGUUGAUGAGGUUGAUGAAGAGCCGGAGAUGCGGCCCCCGCGGCUAUCCUUGGCAAUUGAAGAAGAUGAAAUCACUGUCGAGUAUCCGAGGCGCGCUGCCAACGAAUUAGAUAGGGGCAGAUUGUCAAUGAUGGGUCCGCGAUUGAGUGAGAACUUUGGGGAUGCGACUCGGUUGGACAGCGAUGAUGACGAUGAGGGGGAUGACACGGGGCUUGUUCCCGGUGAUGACGCCAGAGACGAAGCUGACGAUACUAUCACAAGUCAGGGGGCGUUCGAUCGAGGGGGAGACACCGAGGACUUGGGUCGAUUCAACUUCGAGUUCAAUUUUCCAUCGCCGCCUGCCCCUGGGGUCGGUGACCUGGACCAGAACGCACCGAUGCACGAUGAUGAGGGCUUUGAGCUUCCGCCGGUGGAUAUGCCCUUGGGGAUGGACCUUGGACCCGGUGAUGAUGACGAUGCCAGUAGUGUGACCGAUGCUGGCGGCGACUUCGGCAUGGACUUCCCGGACUCUGAACCGAUCGCCAUGAGCGAGAGUCCUGCCCCUGGCAUUGUUGGCGGCGGUUUGCGAGAGGAGGAGCAGUAUACCUCCGGUGUCAAGCAAAAGAAGCUCUCCCGCUAUGGCAUUCCCGUACCCAAUCUACCCGUUGGGGUCGUCAAGAAGCUGGCCAUGCGCUUUGCGCGCGCACGCAAUGGGUCCAAAGCGAAGAUUAGCAAGGAGACUCUGGCUGCGAUUGAGCAGGCCUCGUCGUGGUUCUUUGAGCAGGCCAGUGACGAUCUGGCAGCAUACGCUAAGCAUGCGGGACGCAAGACUAUCGAUGAAAGUGAUGUUACAACUUUGAUAAGGCGCCAACGACACCUGAGCAAUGCCACUACUGUCUUCUCUAUUGCCCAGAAGCAUCUGCCGAAGGAGCUUCUCCAGGAUAUGAGAUUGGCGAUGCCGCCAUGAACUGCUGGUACAUAUACAUACAUCUUCCCAUACAUACAAACCCCACGUCGUCGCCGAGGGUUGCCAGAUUGAGGCACCAUCAAGCAGCUCUACCAAUUACGGUUCAAGCGGACACGACGAGUGGCCUCAUUCGGUCUCUUGCGAACGAUCAUCCACAACAUAAUGGACGUUGCCAGCGACAAGCCAUACCUAGCGACAUGAGCAGGGAAUCCCUCGGAGACGGAGGAAGGAUGUUUUAUCAUCGAGAGCUGGACAAACUCACCAUGUAAAGAUAUACUGGCUGUGGUUAUUCCUCAAGUUAACCUCGGCGGCACGACCGAUAGGAAUACCCUUGGCCUCCCGAUUGUAAGCCUCGACCAGGUCCGGGAC